CUCGCUCAACUCCAGCCGAGGUGUCCAUUGAAAGUCGGAAGUUGGUUUUGAUAGUUUGUGAAACCUUGGUGAAACUCGACAAAAUGGCAGAAGACAACAGUUAUGAGUCAAUACUCUGUGUGAAGCCCGAGGUUCAUGUUUACCGGAUCCCGCCGCGGGCCUCUAACCGUGGAUAUCGUGCUGCUGACUGGAAGCUGGAUGAACCAGCAUGGAGUGGUCGGAUGAAAAUCAUUGCGAAAGGCAAGCUGGCCUACAUUAAAUUGGAGGACAAAAACACAGGAGAGUUGUUUGCCCAAGCUCCAGUGGAGCAGUACCCGGGGUGUGUCGUCGAAUCAGUCACAGACUCCAGCAGGUACUUUGUGAUCCGGAUAGAAGAUGGCAAUGGACGUCAUGCUUUCAUCGGCCUGGGUUUCGCUGAUCGUGGCGACUCAUUUGACUUCAAUGUAGCUUUACAAGAUCAUUUCAAGUGGGUGAAGCAAGAAGGCGAGCUCGCAAAACAGGAAGCUUCUGAGAGUACAGCACCUAAGCUGGACCUCAGCUUCAAAGAGGGCCAGACUAUCAAGAUCAGCAUUGGGAACAUCAAGAAGAAGGAGGCAGGUGGUUCCAAAGCGCGGCCCAUGGCUAUGGGUCUACUCCCACCUCCACCAGGUGCAAAGGUCGGAGGUGUAAUAUCGCCUCCUGUGGAACAGCAGACAGUCUCAGCUGAACAGACUAACACUGCCUCUCUUUUAGACUUUGGGUCCCCUGGCCCUGCAGCCUCACCCAGCUCCGACGUGUGGGGCGAUUUCACAUCCGCAGGCUCCAACUCCAGUAAAGAUGCUGUCAAAUCAGAAUGGGUACAGUUUAGUUGAGUGGGGAGAGAGCGUGCACACACUCAGGCUCCAUACAUUCCAUGGAAAAAAUGAGUGUGGAAAAAAGAAACUAAAAGAAAGGAACUGUUAGUAGUCUUGACUGGCUCGUUUGUUCUGGCUGCACUUAUUCUGAAAAGAAUAUGUACUGUAGCUGGCUGACCAACACACUCUGGAGGAACAAAUAGUAGACAUGGACAUAUUUUUUACAAUCAGAAUCUAUUCUCAAACUCUGCGAAAAAGUGGAACCUUUGUUUGAUUUUAGAAGUCUCAAAGAAUAAACCGUCAAUGUUGGAGUGUCUGCUCUCUUGAAGACAAGUGAGCAUGUUGAUUGUUGAAAGGAACGAUUGUCUUGUUACACUAACCAGAUGAAAACAUCUACCCAUUGCCUUAAAUCAAAUGUUAUCCUAUUUUAUAUCUAGUUUCAUCCCUUCUCGAUGAUAUCUGUCCAGUGUUCCUCUGUUCCAUCAUGCUCCCAUCACAGUUAUCUCAUUACACAAACACCACUCAUCUCAAGGUUGUUUUUACCAUCUAGGGAAAGUUAGUUUACCCAUUGAAGAUAUCCAUAUUUUGUUUAGCUUUAUAGUAGUUUGUGUGCAUUUUUGUUUUCUGUUUCCUACUUUGUUUUUUAUUUUGUUUUAGGAGGUCUGGCAAAACUAUAUUGAUAUAUUAUGAUUAGUUUUAAAUUAAACCUCUUACGCUUUCUUCAAAUAUACCCAGGUUAUUUUAAUCUUGGUGUUCAUUUCCAUGCCCAUUCAUUCAAAGUGUGAACAUGUUUUUGUUCAUGUUUGCCUGUGUAGGCCCGUUAUAUGUCUUUGUCUUAAGUGUUGUUGCUUUUAUAAAUGUUACCAAAUAGAAAUUUCCAAAAUCUUGUUGCUAAUUUGCAUCAAGUAUUUGAUUAAGUGCCUUUCAGAAAAUUAUCUUAAAUGUAAACCGAAGUCAUCUUGUAAAUAAACAAUAUAUUUCAUUGA